AUGAAUUCCAAUGCCUCCCAAGUUUCUUCUGCUGCCAUGAGUUCCAAUGCCUCCCAAGUUUUCUCCUCACAGCCCUCUUCUCCAUCUGCUUCUUCCUCCACUGAUCCCAUCUCUGAACUUAUGCCCAUGCUGCUAAGGGACCCCCACCUCCUCCACCUUCUACACCACACGGCGGCUCAGGACCACAUCGAUCAUCGUGGUGCCCAUCCUCGUCGCGAUCCGGAGUGGGUAAUGAUUGAUCAGUGCAAUGUGAACUGGCUCUACACCACCAUCACGCCUGAUGACACCACCUACACCAUCUGGCGCGCUAUUGAGGGCAACUUCCGCGACAAUUGCCUCACCCGCGCUGUCUACAUCGAAGCCGAGCUGCGGAACAUGUGCCAGGGCGACAUGUCUAUCACGCAGUACUGCACCAAGCUAAAGUCCCUCGCCGAUAGUCUUCGCGACAUCGGCCAACCGAUUCGUCAAGAGAAUCAGGAGCCACUGCCUUCGUUCCUCCACGCUCGCUCCUACCUUCUCUUGGAGGAGCAGAGCAUGGAGCAAUCCACAAAAAUGGAAGCCGCGCAGGCCAUGUUCACUGGCCGCAAGUCUUCCUCCUCGCCAGCGACUCAAGGCUCCGACGGCGGCUCCAACUCCAGCGGGCGUUGGUCCAGAAACAAGGAGCCCAGCAUCGGCAUCCUCCUCAUCCUCUGCAACGAGCUCCGGCACUGGCGGCGCCGGCGCCAGCACAGCGCCAUCGCGCCCUCCAACCGGCGCGACGCAAUGGCCUGGUGGCUACAACCGUGGAUGGGCCUUUUCCAGGCCUGGCCCAUGCCAAUUCGUAUGCCGCGCACGGGGGUUCUUGGGCCCCGCCCUGGCGUGACAGCCCAGCAGGCAUACGCGGCCCAGGCGCCCCAAGGUGCUUCAAAUGCUAGCGCCUCUGCAGUAUUCCCGCCGGGCGCUGCUCCUCCCGCCAACGUCUGGGAUCAGACGACACUCAUCGCCUCCCUGAACAAUCUCGCUGCUGCCCCCGGCCACCAACAAUGCUGCUUCGACACUGGAGCUACCUCUCACAUGUCCACUAAUCCCGGAUCUUCGCACCUAGGCAGUGAUUCUCCGAUGUGA